AUUGAGCUUUUUAACAAGGGGCCCAGAGCAGCCGCCCCAACUGCCCUCCCCUUGCUACGGCCCUGCACUUCAUAUAGACACAUACCAUCCAAAUACAAAGCAUCUGGAUUUUGAGCAUAUCUAAUAGAUAGUGAGAUUAGUGAGGAAAAAGCAAAGAAAUGGAUGCUGCUAAUAAGAACCAAAGUAUAACAGUAGGAAAAUCAAUAUUAGUACCAAGUGUUCAAGAGCUAGCCAAAGGAUCACUAGCAAAAGUUCCAGAAAGAUAUGUUCAGAUUAAUCAAAACCCUUCGAUUAUACAAGCUGAUAAUGAUCUUCAAGUUCCAAUUAUCAACUUUGAAAAGUUGAUCAAUAAAGAUGGCUUUGAGUUGGAGAAGUUCCAUUCAGCAUGCCAAGAUUGGGGCUUUUUCCAGCUUAUAAACCAUGGGAUUGACACAUCAUUACUGGAGAAAUUUAAGUUGGAAACCGAUGAAUUUUUCAAUAUGCCAGUUGAAGAAAAGAAGAAAUAUUGGCAAACACCAGGCGAGGUGGAAGGAUUUGGGCAAGCCUUCGUUGUAUCUGAAGAGCAAAAACUUGAUUGGGCUGAUAUUUUCUUCUUGACAACGCUUCCUAAACAUCAACGCAAACCCAACUUGCUUCCCAUGCUACCAUUGCCUUACAGGGAUACUAUGGAAAAUUACUCAAUCCAAUUGCCAAACUUGGAUAUGAAACUUCUAGAUUGCAUGUCAAAAGCUCUAAAGAUUGACACUGAAAGAAUGACAGAGAUGUUUGGAGAUCAUAAGGGAGCGCAUCAAUCCUUGAGGAUGAACUAUUAUCCACCAUGUCCGCAACCUGAAAAGGUCAUCGGUUUAACUCCUCAUUCCGAUGCCGUCGCUCUCACUAUCCUUCUCCAAUUCAAUGAAGUUGAAGGUCUUCAAAUACAGAAGGAUGGCAAAUGGGUUCCAAUUAAUCCCCUCCCUAAUGCCUUUGUUGUUAACAUUGGGGAUAUCUUGGAGAUUAUGAGCAAUGGAAUAUAUAAAAGCAUAUUGCACCGGUCAGUAGUGAAUGAAACAAGGGAAAUAAUAUCAGUUGCUGCGUUUCACAGCCCUGCUUUUGAUAAGGAUAUAGGCCCAAUUCCCAGCUUAAUUACGCCAAAUACUCCAGCACGAUUUAAACGGGUUAGCUACACUAAUUACUUGAAGGGAUUAUUUACUCGAGCUCUAGACGGGAAAUCUUACCUUGAUGUCAUGAGGAUCAAUGAACAAGACGCUUAAUACAAUAAUACUACGUAUUUCAAAACAAGUUCGUUCCAGUUUAUUAGGAAAAUUUGCGAGGAAGGUCCUUUUAACUGGUCGACCUUGUGAGAAAGGCCCUUUUAUAAAAAAGGUGGCACAAAAGGUCCUUAUAUCAUGUUUGGGUUGUGAGGAGGGUCCUUUGACCAUUUUGCGGUGUUGACUUUUUUAUUUUCCGGCCAAAAAAAGCCACGUGUAAAGCACGUGACUUAUUAAGUUCAAUUCCCUUUUUUCCCUAUUUUCUCUCAUUGUGGGGAGGAUUAGCCUUGAAUUACUUUGAAUAGCCUUCAAUUUUAAUUUACGGGAUUACAAUUGAAGUUUUGGUGUUAAUUGUUUUCACAAAUUAGGGUUUAAUAAGGGGAAAAAAGGGGAAAACGAGGGAAAAGAGGAGGGAGAAAAAAGAGAACUUAGAUGUGACUUUUUUUGGCCGGAAAAUAAAAAAGUCAACGCCGAAAAAUGGUCAAAGGACCCUUCUCACAACCCAAACAUGAUAUAAGGACCUUUUGUCCCACCUUUUUUUUAUAAAAAGACCUUUCUCACAAGGUCGACCACUUAAAAGGACCUUCCUCACAAAUUUUCCAAUUUAUUAUGUGUAACGAUAUAUGCGCAAAUAAGCAUUUGAUGGAUGUAUGUGAAAAAUCACAUGUGAAUUAGUGUAAU